CUCCUCCUUUUCCUUUUGUUUUUCUAUAACAUCCCAUAUACCCUUUCAUACAUAAUGUCCGUCACUACCCCUAAGGCCGACGCGCCUACUGGCCUUGCCCUUUACUCCAGAUUCGCCUUCGCUGGUGCUGUCUGCUGUUCCGUCACUCACGGAGCUCUCACUCCUGUCGAUGUGUAAGUCGGACACCGUCUCGUCUCGCCCACGUCGCAAUUGAAGAACGCGCUCGGUAUUUCCGCCUGUGCGCGCGCUUGAUCGACUUGCCUAUCCUGCCAUCCGACCAUGCCCGUUGCUGACGUCCUCUCUCUUUCUCGUGCCUUGCAGCGUCAAGACCAGAAUCCAGCUCGACCCGGUUACCUACAACCGUGGUAUGAUUGGUGGUUUCAAGCAGGUCAUUGCCAACGAGGGUGCUGGCGCUCUCCUCACUGGUUUCGGUCCUACCGCUGCCGGUUACUUCCUCCAGGGUGCUUUCAAGUUCGGAGGUUACGAGUUCUUCAAGCAGCAGUGGAUUAACCAGCUCGGUUACGAGACUGCCUCCAACAACCGCACCGCUAUCUACCUUGCCUCUUCCGCCACCGCUGAGUUCUUCGCUGAUAUCGCCCUGUGCCCCCUUGAGGCCACCCGUAUUCGUCUUGUCUCCCAGCCUACCUUCGCUUCCGGUCUCAUGAGCGGUUUCGGUAAGAUCCUCAAGAACGAGGGUAUCGGUGCUUUCUACUCUGGUUUCGGUCCUAUGCUCUUCAAGCAGGUUCCUUACACUAUGGCCAAGUUCGUUGUUUUCGAGAAGACAGUCGAGGCUGUCUACGGCUUCGUUGACAAGAACUCUGUCUCUGAGGGUGCUAAGACUGGUAUCAACCUUGGCUCUGGUCUCAUUGCUGGUUUCGCUGCUGCCAUCGUCUCCCAGCCCGCCGACACUAUGCUCUCCAAGAUCAACAAGACCCCCGGUGAGCCUGGUGAGGGUACCGUUUCUCGUCUCAUUAAGAUCGGUAAGGAGCUUGGUCUCCGUGGCUCUUACGCCGGUAUCGGUGCUCGUCUCUUCAUGGUUGGUACCAUCACCGCUGGUCAGUUCGCCAUCUACGGUGACAUCAAGCGUCUCCUCGGUGCCACUGGUGGUGUUGAGAUUGGCAAAUAAGCGUCGAAUUGUACGAUUACUUGAUCAUGUUAGACCUUUAGUUUUGAAACAAUGCAUAUAUAUUAGAUUAGAG